CUGGCACUUACCUCCAUCCUGGUCUCUCCGAAGUGCCCGUACCCAAAACAGGAAACUGAGCAUGAACACAGGAGAAGAUGUCUCUGGUACUGUGACUCUGGAAUCAGUUGACUCUGUCACUCUUACCCAGGACACUGAGGGCAAUAUAAUCCUCCACUGCCCUCAUGAUGAUGCUGAGGAUGUGGGAUCAGAUGAAGAUUCCGAGCCCAUUUCAAAGAGACUGCGUUUCUCCAAUGAGGAGACAGAAGACACACAGGACAAUGUUAAAUACUCUGUGGUCACCCUGCCUAUAUCAGAGAAUGAUGAGAGCUUUGAGGUGACAAUGACAGCAACAGAAAUGACUGAGGGGGAGCUGGAUCAGGAAGGCGUAGCUCAGAUUCAGAUAGUGCAGGAUGAAAGCACUCUCUCCCCUCAGAAGACUGAUGAUGUGUCAGCAGUCAGUCAAGCCUGGUUCACCACCAAAGAGGACAAGGACACGUUAGUCAACAAGGGUCACAAGUGGAAACAGGGCAUGUGGUCAAAGGAGGAAAUUGACAUCCUAAUGAAUAACAUAGAUCGCUAUCUGAAAAGUCGUGGAAUCCAGGACGCUACAGAGAUCAUUUUUGAGAUGUCAAAAGAGGAGAGGAAAGAUUUUUACCGUAGUAUUGCCUGGGGUUUGAACCGGCCGUUAUUUGCUGUGUACAGACGAGUGCUCCGAAUGUAUGACAACCGCAACCAUGUGGGAAAAUACACCCAAGAUGAAAUAGAUAAGCUGAAAGAACUAAGGGAGAAGCAUGGAAAUGACUGGGCCACCAUCGGAGCAGCAUUGGGCCGCAGUGCCUCAUCAGUGAAAGACCGCUGUCGACUGAUGAAGGACACCUGCAACACAGGGAAAUGGACAGAGGAGGAGGAGAGGCGACUGGCGGAGGUGGUGCAUGAGUUGACUGGUACAGAGGCUGGUGAUGUGGUCACACAGGGCGUUUCCUGGGCAUCAGUGGCUGAACUGGUUGGUACACGCUCAGAGAAACAGUGCCGCUCCAAAUGGCUCAACUACCUCAACUGGAAACAGAGCGGCGGCACCGAGUGGACCAAGGAAGACGACAUCAACCUCGUUCGAAAGAUUGCAGAACUGGAGGUGAAAGAUGAAAAUGACAUUAAUUGGGAAGUUCUUGCUGGUGGAUGGAGCAGUGUCCGCUCACCUCAGUGGCUUCGCAGUAAAUGGUGGACCAUCAAAAGACAAGUGUCCAAUCACAAAGAUCUUCCUUUUCCUGUCUUGCUGAAGGGGUUACAGGAUGUAGUAGAGACUCCAGCUACAGCUACGCUGAAUAAAGUUGUGGUGAUGGGUUCUCGAUCUACUAAUGCCUCUCCCAGUCCAGUCAGUGCACUACAGAUCCCCGUCCAGAUACCAGUUCACAUCACACACGUCUCUUCAUCUGAGAGUGCGACAGGUGCCUCUGACAGUGAGACAAUAACUUUGAAUUCUGGAACUCUACAGACCUUUGAGCUGCUACCAUCCUUCCACUUGCAGCCCACUGGGACUCCUGGAACCUAUUAUAUCCAGACAUCAGCCAAUCAGAGCCUUCCACUCACACUGUCAGCCAAUCAGAGCCUCCCACUCACACUGUCAGCCAAUCCCACAGUAACACUAACUGCAGCAGCAUCUCCAGCCUCACCAGACCAGAUCAUCUUGCAUAGUCUGACGACGGACUCUUUGAGUGAGAAUGUUACGGUACAGAUGUCGCACCCUGGUGUCAUCAUCCAGACUGUGACGUCAGAUGAUCUUCCUGAUCCUGACUCUCUUGGCCAAUCAGAAUUGAGAGUAGGUGUGGGUCUUGUGAAGGAGGAGACGUCAGAGGAGCAGAGCUCCUCACGGCAGAGGGAGGAGUCUACCCACCAAAAUUCUACGCUUUCCCAGGAGCACUUGACAGAUGACCUUGCCUCCAAGGCGGAGGUUCAGGAGAAUUCAGAGAUAGGUGAGGGGACAGUGCUUAUUGUCCCAUCUCCAAACAGCUUUAUUCAGACCAGCGAUGACAUCCAUACAGACUCUGUCCUGCCCCUCGGAACACUGACAGAUCCCAUUCUACAGAAUCAGGAGGAAGGUUCAGACUGAGCACACAAUACCCACCAGAGCCAGAAACUGAUGGGAGCAUUGAAGUUGCAGGGCUAAUGAUCCAACUCUAACAAUAGACAGCCAAUCAGAGCUGGGAAAUUUUUGGCAGAUUAGAAAAUUGAUCUUACCUGCUAUCUGUAGCAUGUUUGCCAGUUUAAAAUCUGCCACUACACCCCAUAACAGAUCCAGGAGUUGCUUGUGUUUGAGCUGAGUAUUUGGGGUCAGUGAACAUCUGCAGAAGUGAAAACUCCAAGUCGCCCAAAUGUGUGAUUUGUAAUGAAUACUUAAACAGCGACCCUGGAACUACCUCUUGCAUUUGUGAACACAUGAACUUAAGAAAAUAUUUGGAUUUAAUAAGAUGUGAACAUGUUCUGUUAUUGCAGACACGACCAGGCUGCAUUGAGACACGCUCAUACGUGUAUAUGCUGAUCUGAAAGCACACUUUCAUUACAUGUACUGGUACACACAGUGUCCUCACUCUUCCUCUGCUAUUGUCAGAGUGCAACAACAAUGGCACUGAAGAUAUUCACAGCACGAGGCUAAGAACCUUU